AUGGACAUAACAACAACAACGGAUAUUAAUAAACUAGUCAGUAAGAAUCAAUCCAUCAAAAUAGUUCCCUCCGUAGAAGAUUCGUUGAAGGCCAUUGGUCUUAAUGUGGAUCUUGAUGACAAUUCCAAGUUAUGGCUAGAACAGUUAAGAUUAACUUGGAAGACAUGGAAAAAGAGUCCAGCCAUUGAAUCUCAUAUCAAAACAUUUCUUCAGUGCUCACCGGAACCCUACAGAGUAACAUUAGUUUUUGUGAUUAAAUGUGAUGAUUACAAAGAUUGCAAGCCAAAAACUUUACCAUACUUCAUUGUGGAAACUUUACUGAAAUGGUCAGAGAUAAGUGGGAUUAUGCCAGAUGAAAAUUUAAAAUUGCCAGCAUUUCAUAUAGCUGUCCAACAGAGAAAUAACAAUUUCCUGGGCCUAAUGGUAAAAACAUACAAAUUAAUUACAAUUAAAGAUCAAAUUCUGCCUAUUGUAAAAGAUAUGGUUAGUAAAGACAAUUGCAAGCAAGCAUCUCAAAUUGUUAUUUGCAUGGAGUUAUUUGAUGACAUACCUGUAGAGGAACUUGUGUUUCCCCUGAUUCUGCAAGAUAAAUCAAAUCUGGUUGAUGAGUAUCUCAAUGAAUGCCCCAAUCAGGUGAAGCGUUUAUUAAUAUUUCUAGAUGAAUUAUUAGACAAAUCAAUUAGUAUUCGAGAUUAUGUACACAAUUAUACUCUUGAUAAUAAAAUUUCUCAUGUUAGAUAUGACAAACUACACUACAAGCCUCUGGGCAAACUAGUGGCCCGCCUAUGCAAUAAGUUUAACAUUCCUAUAGAAACUUGUAAGAAUCUCAGUAAAAAUCGUAUAACUGGUGGUUUGAGAUAUUUAAUACAUCAAAAAUAUCAAGAACACAAUGUGAGUUCAUCUGUCUGGGAAGAUUUAGUGAAAGACUCACUGAAGCAAAAUGCUAGCUCUGGUCAAGAAUUCAUUGAAAUGUUAGCAGAGUAUGAUCGGAAUGAAGCUCUAAAGUGGGCUGCAUAUUUGAAUAUGGCAGAGAGUGAGUUACCUCAGGACCUUAAAGAGUUGUCUUUAAAUGACAAUAUUGAAGAAGAAAAUUGGGACACCACUGAUGAAGCUUCACAAACUCCCCAAGAAUAUUACAAAUUGUGUUUACAGGAAGAUCAGGUAACAAUCAUAGACACCGGAGAGAAAUUCUAUGAUCUAAUGAUAUCAGAUAUUGUAAAGAGUAGUGUUGUCAGCAUUGAUUGUGAAUGGAAGCCAUCAUUUGGUGCUACACAAUCUCAAGUAGCAUUAAUACAAAUUGCUACUACCAACAAAGUUCAUCUCAUAGAUACUUUACAGUUGAAUAAACCAGAGUACAUAAGCUUUUGGUACACUUUUCAUAAAUCUUUUCUGGAUAAUGCUGAGAUAAUCAAAGUUGGAUUUGGACUAGAACAAGACUUAAAAGAGAUAAAAUCAUGUGUAGUAGGACUGGGAAACAUCAAAGUACAAGGUGAAGGGCUAUUGGAUCUAGGUACUCUGUGGAAGAGUCUUCUUAAUAAUGGUCUUUCAUUGCCUGGUACCAGUGCUACUGCAGGGAAUAGUCUCAGUUGCCUAGUACAAAUAUGUUUUGGCUUACCUCUUGAAAAAUCAGAACAAUGCUCUAAUUGGGAACUCAGGCCAUUGAGAAGUACCCAAAUUCAAUAUGCAGCUCUUGAUGCACAUGUGCUUAUACAAUUAUAUGAAUACCUUCAAAAGCUCUGCUUAGAGCAACAAAUUAAUUUUGAGGAAAUAUGCAAUGAUGUAAUGUUAGAAAGUAAAAAGAAAUGCACAAAGAAAGUAAAAGUUGUGGACAGGCUGCAGUCUAGUGUGCCAGUAGUACAAUCAAGAUCAGUUCAUGAGGUGAAGUUCUUAGUGGAACCCUUGUUAUCUUAUUUAAUGCCUUAUCUAAGAUAUUGUGGAAUAGACACAACUGGAAUGCCAUCAACAAUGCUAUGGCAUGAUGUUAUAAAUCUGGCAAAAUCAGAAGAACGCCUAGUCCUAGUAUCUAAAUUGAAACAUACACCUUCUGAUAACUUCCCUCAGAGUUCAAUUUUACAAGUUGGAAAGGAUACUGUUGUACAACAGUUAAGGAAAAUAUUUAAUAGUUACAAUAUAAAAGUGGAACAAGAGAAUCUUUUCAGCAUUUGUAUUAAUUGCAACAGUAAAGACUUGAAAAAGUUAAAUGUAGAUGAUGUUGUCAAAAUGUGUACGGAAUACCAAAGAAUGAUGGUAACCAAUAAUGUUAAUUAUGCAGACAGAUAUAGUUAUGAAGAAGAUGACAUGUCAUACUGUGACAAUUUUCUUAGUGAUUCCGAUUGUGAUGACUUAGAUUUAUAUCAACCAGUUGUUUAUUCCAAACCAAAUUUAACUACAAGUAAGGGUGUUAUGAUAGAAAUACAUAAUGCAAGUGAACUUACAGCCUCUAAAAAGGCUGCAGUUUUGUGUGAAGAAUGUGGUAAACUAUUUUGGGAUGAAGAUAAAAAUUUAAAACCAGUUGCUGAGGUAGUUGAAACUUUUAAGAAGCUUAAAAUAUGGUAA